GCCUUUGAACAGUUCAAUGCCGCUAGACAAUUUGCUGGAACCGGAUCUGGAACGAGAUGGAGACAAUUGGCCAUUGGAGAGAGUUGUGUCCACCAUUGUGCCCGUCUUUUUUGGCAUUAUUGGCUUUGCCGGACUUCUGGGCAAUGUGCUCGUCAUACUGGUGGUGGUCGUUAACAAACAAAUGCGUUCAACCACAAAUCUAUUGAUUAUAAACCUGGCCGUCUCGGACAUACUCUUCGUCAUCUUCUGUGUGCCAUUCACGGCCACCGACUAUGUGCUACCGGAGUGGCCGUUCGGCAAUUUGUGGUGCAAAUUUGUACAGUACAUGAUUGUGGUCACAUGUCAUUGCAGUGUCUACACCCUCGUCCUGAUGUCCUUCGAUCGUUUCCUGGCCGUCGUUCAUCCAGUCACAAGCAUGUCUCUCCGCACCGAACGCAAUGCCACACUGGCAAUUAUGUUCGCCUGGAUAACGAUUGUGACGACUGCGAUACCCGUCGCUCUGUCGCACUCCGUGAGGAUCUAUCAGUAUCAUGGACGCGCGGGAACAGCCUGUGUUUUCUCAUCGGAGGAGGAGAUCUGGAGUCUGGUUGGCUUUCAGGUCUCGUUUUUCUUGUCAUCGUACGUGGCUCCAUUGACGCUGAUUUGUUUUCUAUAUAUGGGCAUGUUGGUUCGAUUGUGGAAGACUGCGCCAGGCUGCAAACCAUCGGCCGAGUCGCGCAAGGGAAAACGACGGGUUACACGAAUGGUUGUUGUUGUGGUUUUGGCAUUUGCCAUCUGUUGGCUGCCUAUACAUGUCAUCCUGGUCCUAAAGGCUCUGAACAUGUACGGUGGAACACACUUAACGGUCAUCAUCCAGAUAAUAUCCCAUGUUGUGGCCUACACAAACUCCUGCAUCAACCCGAUACUCUACGCCUUUCUCUCUGACAACUUUCGCAAGGCAUUUCGCAAGGUCGUCUGGUGUGGCAGCCCGCCUCCAAUUAUGAACAACCAGCAGAUAACAAAGACAACUCGAACAACCGGCAACGGCACGUCCAACCCUGAAAUGCUCUAAGCUGUUGGCAAUUGUGGAGCUAUUAUUGGAUUUUUGUUCGCAUUGCGACCGCAAAAGCCAACUAGACAGUUUUUAAUUAAAAUUAAUGCAGUUACCUAAUGCAAAAAUUACAUAUGCAUAUUUUAGUAUAUAUUGCUAAACCAAUGAACGCACACACUUAAUAUGUCUUAUUAUAGUGCUGAGUGUUGCAAAAUUAAUUGAUUAAGCAUUAGAUAAAUAAUUUCAUAUAUAUA